CUUUCUCACACUGCGACGGUUCAGCUGUUCACGUUACUGCAGAGCCAGAAUAAAGAACGUCUGACCUCACUGACUCGGGAUUGUACUUGGUGAGAAGGAAGCAAAAGGUCAUCGGCAGUGGUGAAGGGUCACGUGUACGGAGCCGGGAUGGCCUACCCGAUCAAAUGGCUCUUUCUCUUCUUCCUCUGUGGAAUUUCUGGUGCUUUUACUCAAGAUGCCUACGAGUGGACGACCUGGUUUAACGUGGACCACCCUGGAGGGAAGGGAGACUACGAGCAACUGGACGCCAUCCGUUUCUAUUACCGCGCCCGCGUGUGCGAUGCCCCGCGAGCCCUGGAGGCCCGCACCACAGAAUGGAUUCCAGCACACAAGACUGGACAGAGGGUGCAUUCUGAGCCCAGCGUGGGCUUCUGGUGUAUCAAUGCUGAACAACCCGACGGAAAGAACUGCUCCAAUUACGCCGUUCGCUUCCUGUGCCCUGCAGACAUGAAGUCAGAAACUCAAGAAGUGUGGAACCCUUGGUCAGACUGGACGCCUUGUCAUGCACAAUGCAAUCAGGUGGCCGUUCAGGUGCGCUCCAGAAACUGUAAAAUUCAUUCCAAGCAGUGCAAUGGUCCCAAUGUAGAAGGAAGACAGUGCAAAGGACCUACAUGUCCAGUUUGUGCUCUGCAGUGCGUGAUGGGCAAGGUCAACUCAGACUGCAGCGCCUGCAUCUGUCAAGAUCACACCGUCCUGGGGUCGGUCCGUAGCGCCGGGAGUCUCCCAGCUCCCAGGGCAGCCAUCCUCCUCUCGGGCACCAGCCCCAAACUUCUCACUCUGACUGACCACAACGGGCACUUCCGGGCGCCUGGGGUCUGCCCGGACGGCAACACCACGCUCACGAUCAAGCUGCAGAACCACACGCCUCAAACAAUCAGCAUGCCAGCGAGCUCUGAGCUGACCACCGUACUUCACGUGAAGAUGGACAGAGCAAAAAAACUGUAUGUGGAAAAGAACCCGGAGUCCAAAGCCAGGAAAGAGGGUCAAACUGCUGCCUUCUGCUGCAAGGUUUCUGGCUCACCUGAACCUGAACAGUACCAAUGGUUUUACAAUGGAAAUCCACUGAAAAACCAGAAUGACAAGACUCUGGUACUGAGGAACCUCAGACUGGACCAGGCUGGAGAAUAUUACUGCAGAGCCAGUAAUGAAAAUGGAGCUGUUAAAUCCAAACCAGCCGUGCUCACAAUCACAGGUCAAGAUGAACCCUCGUGUAACCCAGAUCCUGAACCACACAUGAUCCAGCUGCCUCAUGACUGCGUUCAGAACGAGACAAACUCACUUUAUUACAAUAUUGGAAGAUGCCCUGUAAGAACAUGCACCGGCCAGUUGGACAACGGUAUCCGAUGCCAUGAUCCAGUAUCCUUCUGCUGUGGGGUCUCCAAAAUGGAAGAAAGACAGAUAACAUGUCAGGGCUAUGAAUUACCCAUAAUGGUGGUCACCCAGUGCGGCUGCAAAAAAUGUGUAGACCUGAAGGCGACAGUUCGUGGCCGCGCCGUUGCUGCAGACACUGGGGAACCCAUGAGGUUUGGACAUAUCUUCAUGAACGGUGAGAGGAUCAGUCGGACUGGAUAUAAGGGCACUUUUUCCAUUCAAGUACCCACAGACACCGAAAGGUUGGUUCUCACUUUUGUGGACAACAUGCAGAAGUUUGUAAACACCACUAAAGUGCUCCUGUUCAAUACCAAAGGUGGAGCCGUGUAUCACGAGAUCAAACUGCUCAGGAAGAAGCCUCCUGUUACCAUCCGCUCAACAGAGACAAACAAACUACAGCUUGGAGAGGUACAGGGUAAGGAACCCAUGGCUGAGAUUGAAAUCCCACCUAAUGCGUUCUACAAGCAGAACGGAGAGGUCUUUGUAGGUAACGUGCAGGCCAGCGUAACCUUCCUGGACCCUAGAGACGUAUCAACAGCAGCGGCUGCUCAGAGCGAUCUCAACUUUGUUGGCGCUGAAGGAGACACCCUGCCCUUACGAACCUAUGGUAUGUUCUCAGUGGACUUUAGGGAUGAACAGGAUGGCGAGUCUCUUAACGCCGGCGAGGUUAAAGUGCGUCUGGAUGCAGCCCAAGUGAAGAUGCCUGAACAUCUAAAGACAAUGAAGUUGUGGUCCCUCAACCCUGAGAAUGGUCUUUGGGAGGAAGAGGGGCAGUUCCAGGUGGAGAAAAAACAAAGAGGUAAGCGAGAGGAAAGGACGUUCCUCAUUGGAAACAUGGAAAUCAGAGAAAGAAGGCUGUUUAACUUGGAUGUGCCUGAAAACAGGAGAUGCUACGUCAAGGUCCGGGCCUUCCGAAGCGAGCGCUUCAUGCCAAGUGAGCAAGUCGAAGGUGUCGUGAUCACUCUGAUCAAUAUGGAGCCGACACCUGGUUAUGCAACCAACCCACGUGCAUGGGGCAGGUUCGACAGCGUUAUCACUGGUCCCAACGGGGCGUGUCUACCAGCCUUCUGCGAUGAGCAAAGAGCGGACGCGUAUAUGGCUUACGUCAUGGCCAAUCUCGGAGGGGAAGAACUGGAGGCAGUAGCUUCUGCUCCAAAAUUCAAUCCCAACACCAUUGGUGUCCCUCAACCGUUUUUGAAUAAGCUCAACUACAGAAGAACAGACCACGAUGAUACCAGAGUCAAGAAGACGGCGUUCAGUAUCAACGUAGCAAAACCAAGCCCAAACGCCGCUGAAGAAGCGAACGGUCCGAUCUAUCCCUUCGAAAACCUGAAGGAGUGCGAGGAAGCUCCAUUCAACGCGCCCCACUUUAGAUUUUCAAGAGUCGAAGGAGAUCGCUACGACUACAACACGGUUCCCUUCAACGAAGAUGAUCCGAUGAGUUGGACAGAAGACUACUUGAGCUGGUGGCCAAAACCGACAGAAUACAGAGCUUGUUACAUCAAAGUCAAAGUCAACAGUCCUCACGAGAUCAACAUUCGUUCUCGCAACAUGGGAGGCACCCACCCAAGAACCACUGGCCAGCUGUACGGCAUUCGUGAUACACGCAGCAUCCGUGACAUGGACCAGUCGGGCGUCUCGGCCGUCUGUCUGGAGUUCAAAUGCAGCGGCAUGCUUUACGACCAGGAGCGAGUGGACCGCACGCUCGUCAAGGUGAUGCUGCAAGGAAACUGCAAGCGAGACGUUGUCAACAGCAUGCUGAAAGAAUACCUGGUCAAUCAUUCGCCACUGGCUGUCAACAACGACACCAGCGAGUUCACCAUGCUCGCUCCGCUGGAUCCUCUCGGACACAACUACGGCAUCUACACCGUCACCGACCAAGAUCCUCGCACCGCCAAGGAGAUAGCACUUGGGCGCUGCUUUGAAGGUACGUCAGACGGAGCAUCAAGAGUCAUGAAGAGCCACCAAGGCGUGGCAAUGACGUUCUCCUGCGGCGACAAAGAAGUCACCAGGCAAAGCGUGUUCCAGCAGCUCCAGAACCCAUCGGGCCGGGUCGUGGCAGGAGGUUCUCGACCAGGGAGAGGAAACAGGAGGCAGAGAGGAGACUCCACAGCAACUGUUCGAAACAGCCGACGAAGGAGCACCCGCGAUCCCAACAGUCGCCUCCUUACUAGGGGUUAAAUCUUGACUGAGUAAAGGAAUACAGAUGUGUCGCCUAGACCAACACGUUACGGAAAUGCGAUUUUUGAAGUAAUUUUAAUAGUAAGUUUAUUGAAGCUGUUAUUGGAGUAAACUUGAUCAGAAUGAGAAACUAAUUUGGAAAAAAUACAGAAUUUUGAUUAAAAAUGCUACUAAACAAAGAAUGCAGUGGUAGCUCAGUGGUUAAGCUAAUAAACUAGUGAUCAGAAGGCUGCUGGUUCAAGCCCCACCACCACCAAGCUGCCAUUGCUGAGCAAAGCCUUUAAGUCUCAAAUGCUCAAAUUGUAUUCAGUCAUAACUGUAAGUCACUUUGGAUAAAUACAACUGCUAAAUCAUGUAAAUAAAACAAAUAAAUAGUAGAAUACCUUCGAUACAUUAUGAAUGACAUUGUGUCUGUGCUUAACAAUUCUUAUCUGGGACCCAGGUGAAUCUAUUCUCAUUUAUUUCUUGUUGGAAUUACAUUAA